UGGCGCGAAGAUUUCCCCCCUUCCCUCGAAAAAAUUUCACCCGAUUCCCGCCAUUUCGCCAACCGUCCACGGCGAUGAAAGAGGAAGGUCUGCCAUCAUGGCUCCCUUCGAAAGAGGGCCUUCCUUCCAUUCCGCUUCCGGCCGCCGCCAAGCGACAUGGAUCUCUCGGAUAUCGCCGCCAGGCUCGGCAUCUCCGGUUCCAAGCCCCUCAUCCGCAAGGCGGAGGAACUCCGCCGCCUCGCCAACGCUAAAUUCGACUCCUCCAUCAUCGGCGUGGGUGAGGUUUGUAAAGCCGUGAUCUGCCUGGAGAUUGCCGCUUCCAGAUUGAAGGUUACGUUCGAUCGGCAGAGCGCGGUUAGAUUGAGCGGGAUGUCUGAUAAGGCCUACACCAGAUCGUUGAAUGGAAUGCAGAACUGUCUUGGGGUCAAGGCUCAGUUGGACGUUCGGGAGUUAGGGAUUCAAUUUGGAUGUGUGAGGCUGAUUCCCUUCGUGCAGAGAGGAUUGACCCUAUACAAAGAACGGUUUCGUGCUGCAUUGCCAGAAAAUAGACGAGGAGCAGUUGAUUUCAGCAGAGCCGUAUUUACAGGGGUUGCGUUCUAUCUUUGUGCUAAAAGACACAAGCUCAAGGUGGACAAGCUAAAAAUGAUAGAGCUAUGCGGAACUUCUGAGUCAGAGUUCUCAAAUAUCUCAACUUCAAUGAACGAUUUAUGCUUUGAUGUUUUUGGAACGGCAAAAGAAAAGAAGGACCCUGCAUCUGUGAAAGGAAAUAGAGAGCUAUUAGAUGCAUUACCUAGUAAAAGAAAACACGGGGAUGGCGGUGAUACGUCCGAUGAAUCCUUUGAGUCAAAUGGUGAAGAAGAUGCAUCAGAGCUACCUACGUAUAAAAGACACAAGCAUAUGGAGAAACGAGCUUACGAAGAAUGGAAAUCAUCAGUCUUAGCAUCCAACAGCCGAAGCAAGCCUGCUGAACCAAACAAGAAGAAACAAACACAACUGAGCUUUGCGCGGAAGGUUCAGAAAUCUGUCACAGCCGAAUCUGUAUAGCGUGAAGCAUGUUUGACAUCGUGCGUUCCAUUUUUCACAGGAUCAUUAUACGAUUUGGUGUUAUCAAGCCAAUUGGAUUUGACAUAAUCAGAUUCGCAGUUUGAAGGGAUCUUUAAAACCCCGCUUUGUCCUACUACCAUUGGAUCUCAACUUUACACAGCCAAGUUCCAUAAUGGUUUUGGAUCCAAGUGCCACCGGACCCUAUUCGUAAUCACCUAUUACAUUGAACCCGAGCCAGUAGCUGAUUCAAGUAUUCAACCCUUUCUUUUCAUCAAAGAUCGACAGAACAGAAGACAUGGGAAGUUGGAACAAGUAGUAUGGAUCACGGUUACGACCCGAUGUUUGUUGAUUCAGUCGAAGGCGGCAGUGAAGAUUUUGUUAGAGAAGCUUUGGAUGUUCUUGUUGUGGCCUUCCAUAACAGGGAGCUCCAAUGGUAAUGCCUAUGUUGUAAGAAUGCUGGGACUCAAAAGCUCCAACGAUCAGGUGACGGGUGUAUCGGUCCGUGUGGGUCACCUUCAAAAUAACUUCUGUCGUUUUUUUAGAAAAUACAUAGAAAUUGAAAAAAUCAUGC